CUGGUGAUGGUGAGUCCAACUUCAGAGCAGUAUGACAGUUUGCUCAGGCAAAUGUCAGAGAGAAUUGAUGAGGGAUGUGGGGAGACCAUCUAUGUCAUUGGGCAAGGAUCAGAUGGGACAGAAUAUGGGCUGAGUGAGGCAGACAUGGAAGCUUCCUAUGCCACGUUGAAGAGCAUGGCAGAGCAGAUGGAGGCCGACGUGAUCCUCCUGAGGGAACACCAGGAGGCAGGGGGCAAGGUGCGCGACUACCUGGUUCGGAAACGAGUGGGUGACAACGACUUCCUGGAGGUCAGGGUAGCAGUGGUUGGCAACGUGGAUGCGGGAAAGAGCACGUUGCUGGGUGUUUUGACCCAUGGAGAACUAGACAAUGGCCGAGGCUUUGCUCGGCAAAAGCUCUUCCGCCACAAGCACGAGAUCGAGUCAGGCCGCACCAGCAGCGUGGGCAAUGACAUCCUGGGCUUUGACAGUGAGGGCAACGUGGUGAACAAACCCGACAGCCACGGGGGCAGCUUGGAGUGGACAAAGAUCUGUGAGAAAUCCACCAAGGUCAUCACUUUCAUUGACCUGGCUGGUCACGAAAAGUACCUGAAAACCACCGUCUUCGGCAUGACCGGCCACCUGCCCGACUUCUGCAUGCUGAUGGUUGGCAGCAAUGCUGGCAUCGUUGGGAUGACCAAGGAGCACUUGGGCCUGGCACUGGCGCUGAACGUUCCUGUCUUUGUUGUGGUGACCAAGAUUGACAUGUGCCCUGCCAACAUCCUGCAAGAAACCCUGAAGCUGUUACAGCGACUGCUGAAGUCCCCAGGGUGCAGGAAGAUUCCCGUGCUGGUUCAGAGCAAGGAUGAUGUCAUUGUAACAGCCUCCAACUUCAGCUCAGAGAGGAUGUGCCCGAUUUUCCAGAUUUCAAAUGUCACUGGGGAGAACCUAGAUUUGCUGAAGAUGUUUCUUAACCUCUUGUCUCCACGGACCAGUUACAGGGAAGAAGAGCCAGCAGAAUUCCAGAUAGAUGAUACUUACUCUGUCCCGGGUGUAGGAACAGUUGUGUCUGGGACAACACUGAGAGGCCUCAUCAAGCUAAAUGACACCCUGCUGCUGGGGCCAGAUCCCCUUGGCAACUUCCUACCCAUUGCUGUCAAGUCCAUCCACCGCAAGAGGAUGCCCGUCAAAGAAGUGAGGGGAGGCCAGACUGCCUCCUUUGCCUUGAAAAAGAUCAAGCGUUCUUCCAUCCGGAAAGGGAUGGUGAUGGUGUCACCCCGCCUGAAUCCACAAGCAUCCUGGGAGUUUGAAGCAGAGAUUCUGGUGCUCCAUCACCCCACCACCAUCAGCCCACGGUAUCAGGCCAUGGUACAUUGUGGCAGCAUCCGUCAGACAGCCACGAUUCUCAGCAUGGACAAGGACUGCCUGAGGACAGGGGACAAAGCCACCGUGCACUUUCGUUUCAUCAAAACCCCAGAAUAUUUGCAUAUAGACCAGCGCCUGGUCUUCCGUGAAGGCCGCACCAAAGCUGUGGGCACCAUCACUAAGUUACUCCAGACCACCAAUAACUCGCCAAUGAACUCGAAGCCCCAGCAGAUCAAGAUGCAGUCAACCAAGAAGGGAGCUGUUACGAAACGAGAGGAGGGUGUUUCCUCAGCUGGGACAGCAGCUGGAGGCCCACCAGCUGGGGACGAGACCCCCUCAACAGCAGCAGCACCCCUUACACCUACUGCCCUGCCACCAUUGUCAAAAGUUGGAGGAGGAGGCCGGCGACGUGGGGGUCAGCGCCAUAAAGUGAAGUCUCAGGGAGCCGCCUGUGUGCCUCCUGCCAGUGGCUGCUGAAUUUCUUACUCCUCCCUCUGAGGAAUUCCUCCCCUUCCCUUCAUUUCUUAUCCAAAAGAUCCAGAGCAGCUUCAACCAAAACCCAUCCCAGCUGUUUGGCUGCAGAAGAAUCAUCCCUCCUCCCCGAAGGAAGCGGUGGAGAGGAGCAUAAUUUAUAAGCUAAUGAAGGUGAUAAGACACACACAGAACUGAGUAACUGACACCUUCCUCUUCCCCCUGUUGACACAUUUUUGUACAUUAUGGGCUUAGUUUUUAUUCUUCUUAGUUUUUAUUAUAUUUUGUGUGCAUGAAGAUGAGAGGAGAUUCUGGAUAGAACCGAGAAGAGCCAGUUAGCUGCCUCCCUCCUCCCUCAACCCCUUCUGUCCACAGGACCUGCUGCUCUCCUCCUGUGUGUGCUGUCUUGGAUCCAGGGGUUCUCAAACACCUGAAAUUUCAGACUUGCAAAGGUUAAAACACGUUGCUUAGGAUGGCUCCAUAGGGCACUGUUUCCUCACCACUGUGGCCCUGUGCCAAAUGUGUUUCUGGAUUCCCUCUAUCAUCCAACUGUUUCUAAGUGGGUUUAAUUUAAUGUUCUAGUGACACGUUUGAAGGAGGUGGUAAAAAAAAAGUUCAUUAGUUGGAGAACUAAGAGGGGAAACAAAUUGGAAAGCAGUUCUUGAUGUUAAGUUGAGGAAUCCUAAAUAUCCUUUUCAAAUAUGUUGAUAGCACUUAAGAUUUUAGAGAUGGGCAAACGACUGCCCAUUCAAUUCCAUCCUCUUCCCCUCCCAUCCUCUUGCUUUUCCCAUUGUUCUGGGCACGUUGGAGCCAAUCCUGCUGCCUCUCAAGGCUCCAGCAGCUCAGUUGACAGUAUUAAGUGUAGUGCAGGAACGCUCGGUCCGUUCCUUGAGCCAGAGGAAAGCUUCUCACCUUGAAGAACAGAGAUCACAGGUGGUAAUGUACCCUUGGAACAGAGACACCAGGCAAACAUGACCUCCACUUGAUUUUGUCUACUCCACCAUCUCCUCCAUCUUUUCUGGAACUCACUGGCCAUACUUUGCUAUGAUUUGUUUUCUCCCCUCUUGGCCGAAGAGGACAACGAUGACUUGGUAUCAAAUUCAUAGAAGUACUUUCAGGUUUGGAAGUAUAUGGUAUUUUUU